UGAUUUCUUCUGCUGCCGACGGAGCGAGCGUCACUGUUUGUCUCGGACUCCUCCGCUGCUCACACAGCACUUGCUUCUCUGUGGGCAAAGCCAGGACCUGGAUCAAGAAGGAUUCUGCAGCGAUACUCCCGGAAAAUCCUCUGUUUACCCCUUCUGAUAAAGUAGAGGAGGCAAUUCCCCGGGUGAAAGUUGUGCAUUAAUAGCCCCAAAAGAGCAGAAGGGUCACAAAUCCACACUCUCAUAGAGCUCUAAAACUUUACCAACGCCAGCGACAAUGGGUAACAGCAAGAGCGGCGCGGUGUCAAAGGAGAUCCUGGAGGACCUGAAGCUCAACACCAAGUUCUCGGAGACUGAGCUUGUGCAGUGGUACGAAAACUUCAAGAAGCAGUGUCCAACAGGGCGCAUCACGAGAGAGGAGUUCCAGAGCAUCUACAGUAAGUUCUUCCCAGAGAGCGAAGCCAACACGUACGCCCAACACGUCUUCCGCUCCUUCGACACAAACGACGAUGGCAUGCUGGACUUCAAGGAGUACAUCAUCGCCCUUCAUAUGACGUCAACAGGGAAGACCACGAGGAAACUGGAGUGGGCCUUCUCCCUGUUUGACGUGGACAAGAACGGAUACAUCACCAAGUCAGAGGUCAAGGAAAUCUGCACGGCGAUUUUCAAGCUGAUUCCUAAAGAUGAGCUGGCUAAGCUGCCUGACGACGAAAACACAGCUGAGAAGCGCGCGGAAAAACUCUGGAAGUUCUUUGACAAGGGCGACAACGACCGAGUGGCAGAAGGGGAGUUCGUCAAGGGAGUGUUGGACAAUGACGUCGCCCUUCGGUUGAUUCAGUACGAGCCUUUAAAGUAACUGUUCCAUCAAACAGAUUCACUCUCCAUUCCCAUCUCCCUCCAUUCCCAGUCUUUUCCACUUCACCCUCUCAUUCUGCUAAUGCAACGACACCUGAAAGCACCACAAAAUGUGAACAUUUGGGGAAAGGUGCGACGCCAUCGUCCCUUCGCCUCAAAUGAAGUGGUGACACAAAGUCUCCUGCAGGCUUUAAUUUCAGUUGACACCAAUACAAGUUUUCUGAUCGGGAGAGUUUGCCCCCGGGUUACUUGAGAUUGCAGUUACCAUAACAACCAUUUCUAUAUGUCAAAGUUUCACAGGAAAUCCUAGUUGACCAUUGUCUGUCUACCGCCACGAGGUAGACGGCAAUGUUCCCUCAUAAAUGUGUGGCCUAAUUGACACUUUCUAUAAAUUAAAGUUUUCUGCUGGGAUUAGUUUCUUCACUGGAACUGCGAGAGUCAGAAAGUGUCAGUAUUUAGUUUACAUUUCUGAAGAAACGUGAAUUGCGAAGGCGUGUUUCAGCUAUUUCAAUAUCAUAAGAUGUACAUGUGCAUUAGUUAAAGUAUCAUUACAGUGGAAUAUGUUGGAGUCUGUAGUUUUCUCAUUUUACCCUGUGAUGUUUUUUUUUUAAAAAACCCUUAGUGCAUGUACAUGAUUAUUGUAUAACUUUGUGUCUCUAUUCAUCCUCGUGGCUCACUUGUACACUUUUGUUGUUCUAGUAAAGUGAUGAAGGUGUUGGUCCUGGAUUUUUCCCUCGCAAUUAAAUUCAGUAAAUCAAAACCAUAACAUUUUAAUAAAACCUGAGCUGCCAGAA